CAAACAUUGCAUGAUUGCUCUGUUCGGACAAGCUGAACAUUCAGCACACACUGCAGAGAAGCGAUACUGCAGCAAGCUUGCCACUUGCAUUGCUAUCAGCACCUGAACUUACUACCUAUCUACUCAACCUGCUCAAGACCAGCAACUAACAGACACCCCGUAACCAGCCGCAAACAUGCAGAACCUCCUCCACAGCUUCAUCGAUCCCCUCCGCGACCGCUUCGCAACUAUCAACCACAACUCGGACUUCCGCAGCACUGGCCAGCUCACGCCAGAUGAGUUCCUCUCUUCGGGUGACUUCCUGGUCCACCGAUUCCCAAGCUGGAGUUGGGCCGAUGCCCCUCCCAGCCAGCGUGUCUCGUACUUUCCAGCCGGCAAGCAGUACCUCGUCACUCGGGGUGUGCCAUGCCGCAAGCGCAUCAAGGCCGAUGACUUCGCGGGCAAGGACAAUGAGGAUCAGCUCGUGCUGGACAUGCUGAAGGAAACGGGCGAAGAGGUCAGCGGCGAGGAUGACGGCUGGCUCAAAGCUGGCGGGGAUAGCAGCAGAGAGAAGGCCAAGAGUGCAGAUCUUGUCAAGGACGUUAAGACUGUCGACGAUGAUGGCAAGCUCGGCGCGGAGGAGCUCGAUGAGGAGGAGGAGAUUCCGGAUAUGGACGAUGAGGAAGACGACGAGGAAGCAAUCAUUCGCGAUCCAAGUUUUGGCAACAAGAAUGGCGAAGACUCAAUGCGAACCUACACCCUGUACAUCACCUACAGCCCCUACUAUCGCACACCACGUCUUUUCCUGCAGGGUUACAGCUCGUCACUACAGCCACUGCAGCCGUUAGCCAUGAUGGACGAUAUUGUGGGCGACUACAAGGACAAGACGGUCACACUCGAGGACUUCACCUUCGUUGACCCACCCAUCAAGACUGCAUCUGUUCACCCAUGCAAACAUGCCAGCGUCAUGAAGGUUCUGCUCGACCGGGCCGACGCAGCACUCAAACUUCGCAUCGAGAAGAUGAAGCACGGUGCCAAGCCAUCAUCCUCUGGCAUGGAGGGCCUUGUGGAGCAGACUAGUAAGCUCGACAUGAAAGAGAAAGACAAGACAUCAAAGGGCAAAGAGGGUGACUCUGAGUGGGAAAUGCUCUCGGCGGAUGGCAGUCAGGACGAGGAUGUCCAGGUUCCAGCCAUCCGCGUCGAUCAGUACCUAGUCGUGUUCCUGAAGUUCAUGGCUUCUGUCACCCCCGGCAUCGAGCACGACUUCACCAUGGGCGUUUGACUACGCCCGUCCCCAAAGACGAAUGGGGACGAGUGGGUUCAGCUGCGUGCUGGAUUAGAUUAUCCCCGAGAGGUUGACUGGCUAGAGAUUCGACGCUGCUUUGGUGGCAUGAUCAUGGCUGUAGGAAUGCCAUGAUGCAUUCUAGGUAUGCAUGGGACAUGGAAUCUCUAGCUGCCAGAUGCCAGACUGAAUUCAGUUGCAUAGCGAGGCGGCGCAAGGUUAGAAGGAUUGGGUUAAUGAGAGGCUCGACCUCAAUGACUGCAAGAUACCACAGCGACAAUGCAGAGACGCGACAUGAUGAAUGAAAGAACGAGUGAAGCAUGUCUUCCCGUAGUACACCAGUCUUCACACUUGACACUGAUCACACUUGACAGUCUGCUGUUCACGUCGAUAUGCAUCCCAUAGGCGUUGUUACCGUGAAGGCCGCGGGUAUCGAGGGGCUGUGACCUGGUGGGGCUGAUAGUUUGGCCUCAACCAGCGACCAAGUGCUGAAACAGCCAUUCUCCUUGCGGCCAGCCACAUGGCGCGUUUCAGAAUUACUCGAUUUAGAGAAGCCCACUCCACUCCGGCCUCCUGGAUGCCAUCUCCCAUCGUGUUUGCUGGCCUCACACUGGCCGAAAGCCCGUCCGUUCUCGAAGCGCAGAGCCUCGGCUGGAUGUCAGAGUCAGAAACGAAGCAACCCGAGGAUACAGACGACAUGUGCAUUAUGACCACCACCGACUGAGCAGAUGGCUCUAUCCGUCGACAUGUACAGUAAGUAGGACAGACGUGCUGCGGACUCCCGUUGUGACUAGUGGGUGGUCUGUGUCGGUCAAUUUCUUGCCACUUCAAGCUAGGAGCUAGGUAAUAACCCGUUGUCGUCGACGUUUGACUUGCUUCUAGCGGCGACGCAUCAUUGCAUUGAGAACACGAAGGCACGAUUGAAAGGGGACCGGUUCUAGGAGGUACUACUAAAGCCUGCUGUCAUGCACGAUCCGAAUGAACGCACGAUCUAUAGAACGGACACGUCCUCCUCAUCAUCAUCAUCAUCAUCAUCGUCC